CAUGUCGGCCAAAAGACAAAUCCCAGAUCCCAUUACCCGCCAUCCCCAGUGGCUCGAUUCAACUAGCAAUCCUCUCUCUCUCUCUCUCUCUCUCUCUCUCUCUCUUCAGUGAAGAGUGCAGCGACCAAAUGGAAGGACUGAUCAAGGGCCUGAUCGACGUGGCCAUUGGUGGCGGCCCCGACGACAAUCAGAACGACAACCAGCACCGAGACCGUCGUAACGACGACGACCAUCAGCGAGAUGAGCGGUCCAGAUCCAGCUGGGCUGAGGUGGUGUCGGGAGAUCAGGAGGAGGAGAGAGAGGGCAAUAAUCAGCGCAGGCCCGGACAUUAUCAGAAUGCCUGGAACAGAGAGGAGAAGAGUGAAAUCGGGCGUCACGAGGAGGAGUGGGAGGUCGCCGGCUCGAGACCUCCGCGGCGAGCCCAGCAGGCAGGGAAUCAAGGGUAUGGAAAUUAUGGAGAAGGAGAGAGUCACGAUUACGGCCGAACCAAUUGGAGGAGAGAGGAACCGAAUGAGGAGAACGAUGGGGGCUGGGAGACUGUUGGUAAAAAGCCUCAACCAAAACACCACAAGGUUGAGAAGUACCACUGGAGCGGAUACAAGCGCCCAGCGAGUGAGCAAGAAUACUCCAGUGAGGUUGAGGUUGGGGGAACCAUAGAGCCCACCGAAGAUGAACUCUCGGACCUCUCACUAGCUUGCAACAAGCUGUGGGAACUCGACCUAAACCGUCUGGUCCCAGGGAAGGACUAUGAGAUUGACUGCGGAGAGGGGAAAAAGGUUUAUCAGAAGGAUGACAUGGCACAGGGAAGCCUGUUCAGUUGGCUCGGUGAAGAUGUCCUUAGAAAGCCAACUUUCUCUCGUUUCUGUUCUCUUCUCGACAAUUACAACCCUCACCAAGGGUGCAGGGAAGAAGUCACGCCAGAGGAGAAGCAAGAGCAGGCUGCUUUUAUCGAAGAGAUCAGUAGGACUGCUCCGAUUAAGUACCUCCACAGGUACUUGCAGGCGAAGGGAUUUGUGUCCCGAGACUACCAGGAGUUUAAGAGGAUGAUGACAGGGCUGUGGUUUGACCUCCACCGACGAGGUGGCACAUCAGGCUGCUCCUCUGCAUUCGAGCAUGUCUUUGUUGGAGAGAUCAAGCGGAGGGGCGAGGAAGAGGUUUCGGGCUUCCAUAAUUGGCUACAGUUUUACUUGGAGGAGGCGAAAGGAAGGGUGGACUAUCAAGGUUAUAUAUUCCCCAGACGCCGCGGGCAGAUUCCUGACUCAGAAACCCAGGUGCUCACGAUCCAGUUCGAGUGGAAUGGAGUUCUCAAAUCGGUCUCGAGCACCCUGGUAGGAGUAAGCCCCGAAUUCGAAGUCGCCCUGUACACACUGUGCUUCUUCGUGGGCCAAGAGGAUAACCACGUCCAGUUGGGCCCUUACCCUGUUAACAUCAAAUGUUACCGUCUAGGCGAAAGGAUCGGGUCCGUGUUCCCAAUAUCGGAUUGUUGAGAUGAGAUUCAGUGUUAACUUAAUAACUUGCUCUGUUUUAUCUGCUCGGAUACUUUCAUGGGUUGUGUAGCAACGUCUAUUUGAAUUAACUUUUGUUUUUUAAAAUAUAUUUUGAAUUGGAAA